AUGAUCAACGAUAGGAUCGCCAACAAGGUUAAAGUUGGAAAGAAGAUGAAAUUUGAGGGGUCUUCAAGGUCUGAAAAUAACUACAUGUUUUCAAAUUCUGGUGGGGGAGGUGAAGCAAAAUGGUGUGACAAGUACGGAAGGAAACACAACGGGAGAUGCCCUAAGGAAGUGACCUACUUCAAAUGCGGGAAGACUGGUCACUAUGCCGACGAAUGCCCAACCGAGGAAGAAGUUUGCUUUAAGUGUAGUAAAGAGGGACACUUCGAGCAAGAAUGCCCGAUGAGAGAUAGAAAGCCAAGUGUACUUCUAAAACACUAUGGGAGGUACUACGAAAAAGUAACUUGUUUCAAGUGUGGAAAGCGUGGGAAUUACGUCGAUGAGUGUACAUUCAACACCAGGGUGUGUUACGACUGUAAUGAGGAAGGGCACCUCAAGCAAGACUGCCCAAAGACGAAAGGAGUUACAAAGCCAAAUGCACCAUUGAAGAACUAUGGGAGAUGCUACGAAGAGGUGACUUGUUUCAAGUGUGGGAAGAAUGGACAUUACGCCAAUGUCAUUACAUCCAGCAAGAGGUUCUGUUACGGAUGCAGGGACAAGGGGCAUAUAACAAACGAUUUCCCAAUGAAAAGUGAAGCAGGAAGAGCGGAUACACCUCCAAAGCCAAGAAGCAUCCCUAACGAAGCGACUGACAAUGCAAUGAAAAGUGAGGAUUGA